CAAACAAAAAAACAACAACAUAGGUUGCCCAUUAUAUCCAUUGUGUUGGAUGGUAACCAAAUUUUUGAAUUAUUGAUUAUUGUACACUGAGUGUUUAGCCCAUUUGGCUAUGUUCGAUCAUUAAACAAAAAAAAAAAAAAAAAAAAUAGGUUGCCCAUUAUAUCCAUUGUGUUGGAUGGUAACCAGAUUUUGAAUUAAUGAUUAUUGAAAAUUGAUGAACUAUGUUCAGCCCAUUUGGCUAUGUUCGAUAAUUUCAAAAAAAAAAAAAAAAGAAAAAAAAUAGUUUGACGAUUAUAUCCAUUGUGUUGGAUUGAAUUUAUGAUUAUUGUACAUCGAUGAACUGUCUUUAGCCCAUUUGGCUAUGUUCGAUCAUUUAAUAACAAAAUAAAAAAUAAAAAAUAGGUUGCCGAUUAUAUCCCUUUUGUUGGAUGGUAACCGGAUUUUGAAUCUAUGGUUAAUGUACAUUGAUGAACUGUGUUUAGCCCAUUUGGCUAUGUUCAAUCAUUUUUUAAAAAGGUUUCGGAUUACAAGCAUUGUGUUGGAUGGAAACCGGAUUUUGAAUUAAUGAUUUAUGUAUAUUGAUGAACUUAUUUUAGCCGAUUAUAUCCAUUGUGUUGGAUGGUAACAGGAUUUUGAAUUUAUGAUUAAUGUAUAUUGAUGAACUGUGUUUAGCCCAUUUGGCUAUGUUCAAUCAUUUAUAAAAGAGUAGGUUGUCGACUAUAUCCAUUGUGUUUGAUGGUAACCGGAUUUUGAAUUUAACAUUAAUGUAUAUUGGUGAACUGUGUUUAGCCCAUCUGACUCUGUUCUAUCAUUAACAAAAUGGUUGCCGAUUAUUUAAUUUGUGUUGAUGGUAACCGGAUAGUUGCCGAUUAUAUACUUUGUGUUUAGAUGGUAAUCGGAUUUUUAAUUUAUGAUUAAUGUAUAUUGAUGAACUGCGUUUGCCCAUUUGGCUAUGUUCUAUCAUAAAAAAGAGAGUUGCUCAUUAUAUUCAUUGUGUUGGAUGGUAAUUAGAUUUUGAAUGCAUGACUAAUGUAUAUUGAUGAAUUUAUUUUAGCCCAUUUGUUAAAUGAUUGACCAUUUCAGUCUUAUUAACUGAUUGCCCACUAUAGACAUUGUGUAUGCUGGUGACAUGAUUUCGAAUUGAUGUGCUGCCAAAUUGCAAAUUUGUCAUAUUUUCCUUUCUAUCUCAAAGUUUAUUCCGGGCUAGCAACAAAUUUACAUAUAUUAAUAUAUUUUAUGCCAAAUUGUCAAGUAUACAAUUAACUAUUUCUAGACAAUAUGACGAUCAACACGUCAAAAACCCAAGGAGUUCCGCAACACAGUCCAGAUGGUACAGCCACACCGCAAAGCCACCCAGCCGUUUCAGCCCCGCAACCGGUGAAUCUGAACCCGCAACAACUUGUGGUUGUGGUGAGCCUUGUUGCAGAACACCAUUGUUCCGUGUUUGCGCGGCGAAGGAGCAUUUUGGAUGAUGAUUCGCGGCACUGUCAGACAGUGUUGAACAAAAUGGUACAUCUUAUGUGUUCAAGUUCAGCCUACACCUUCCUUCCCUUCAGUCGUUACAGCUUCACAUGGAAUAUUGGCAGUUUUCACAUGUUGAUGUAUGGACAUGACAAUGUUUGUUUUCCAGAACUGUGAAAUGUGUAUGUGUCAUAUAUAAACGUUUAACGUAGUCACUGAUUCUGUAUGUCUGUUUUUGUAUACCUGAUCUCCGUUGAAUUCUGAUCCCAGGUUCGGCGGUUAGGUCAGCCUCCACCAGUAUAUCUUAACGUUGUGUAAUAAGAAGUUUGUUUGUUUCAAGUAUACUGUAUUAGGCCUCUGUUCACAGGGCCUCCACAUCUGCAUUUUAAACAUAUACUUUAUAUCAUAUGUAUUUGUAUAUUGACAUUUAUGUGAAGCUGUGACCAAUUUCUGCCAACCAUUAAUUUAAACGAAAUUAGAUAUUAAUUGCUUGCUAUAGUAAAAUUGUUAAUAGUAAAAGUAAUGUAUUCAUACAACUGUCUUGGGUUGUUCUUUUUAGUAUUAUUAUUUCUGUGCCAAGCUAUCUUC